AUGAGUGCACUCUUCCCUGACUUCCUGAUUGACGACGACGCUGAGUUCUCAGUUCCAUCCCCAACGAAACUAGCCAUGGUUGAGGAUGAGAUCAUGGCACUGCUCUCGCAAGACGGAUGCCAGAGACUGGCCAAGACGCGAUCUCCCCUGUUCAUGUACGAGGACGCCGCAAUAGCAGCAGGCGGCAGUGACGAGGUGGCGGCACGUCAUGAGAUGAUGGUGACAUCAUUGCCCGUUGGCUCCACCACAGUUGGCACAGUGGGGCUAGCUCCCACGAGGGCGGCGUCACAGUUGCGCAUGCAGACGGAGAAAAGGAAGGACGUGAGCGGCUGGAAGGACGUUUACUUUGAAUCUGCUAAUGCAAGGGAGCAAGUUGCUAAAUCAACCCCUGCAAAGAGAUCUCAGCGUGCAAAUGUUCACAAUCUAUCAGAGAGGAGACGUAGAGACAAAAUAAAUGGAAAGAUGAGGGCCUUGCAACAACUUAUUCCUCGGUCCACCAAGGCUGAUAAAGCGUCAUUGCUGGAUAAAGCAAUUGGGUACUUGAAGUCACUUCAAUCGCAAGUGCAGUCACUUCAAUCGCAAGUGCAGAUGAUGUCCAUGGGGUGCGGCCUGGUCUGUGGUGUAUUUCCUGGUGUACCACCUUACAUGCCAUGCAUGAACAUGGGCACUGCAAUGGAUGCAGACAUGAAUUGCGCCAGGAUGCUAUUUCCUAAUGUCUUGCCUAGUUUGAUGAUGCAACCGUCAGCUAAUGGAGCUCACUUGGGCCCUGGGCUCCCUAUUCCCACCUUUAGCACGCAGCAAGAAACUCCUGAUCAAUUUGGAACACCAUCUGGAACACUAUCAACUAAUCACUUGGAUCCAGCAUUAAGCUCACAGAUGAUAAAAAACCUGAGCCAGCAAUUUUCCAUAAAUGCCAAUUCCUAUCAGCAGCAUCUGGGCCUUCCUGAUAUACAACAACCAUCACAAAAGGACCAACUGAUGAUCCAGCCUGGUACUGCCAAGCCAGAGUAG